CGCGACAGGUCCACAGCCGCAAUUUUCUCCACUGACAGAUACGCCAUGGUCAAAUCAGAAGUGGCCAAUGUUGGGGUCAUCCCUGACAAGCCGCGCAUACAGUUGAAGGACGAUGCACCUGUAUCUCGCCGCGAACGCAAGCUCAAGCGCAAUAAGCUUCGAAGAAAAACGAAACGGGGAAGUCAAGGCGUACCGACUAUUACUCCAGCGGAAAAUCCCACCACUACUACUACAGUCAACAGUCAUACUACUACUACGCCCACAAAACCUGCCACUACUACGACCACUCCUACGGCUACGAAAACUACCACCACCACGAGUAACCUAAAGAGUUCCACCACGCCGACAGCCAUAAAUCGUACUACUACUAGGAUUAAGAGCCCUCCUUUGCCCCUAGCCAAGACUCUUCAAGAAGUGAUCGACGACCUGACAAAAAAUCGUGAAGCCGAAGUAGAGAAAGCUAUAGCUGAUGCACAUGCUCGAGAGGAGGCGGCAAAAGCAGCAAACAAACCUUUCACCUUCUUUGAGAUGGACGACUCCGAUGAGUCCGAGAGCGACAGCGACAGCGAAUGACUAGUACACAGGUCUAAGGGAUGAUCGAAGAGCAGAUUGUGCCGGUCAGGAUGAUGGAUAAAUUGACACGAAUGACCUACUUGGUUGAAGGGACUUCGUUGGAACGCGUUAUUCAUGGCCAAGGUCAAGCGAAUGUGCCAAAAGAGCAUUGUCAUAGAGUUUCCUAUUCUCCUUGCUACUUCUUGCGUUGUCACAUCCGACCUAGAUGUGAGCCUGGGAAUGAAAGCUGGGAGCAAAAGUUGUUGCUGCAGAGGCCCUGAUAAUAUGGCCGAUUGAACUCAUCAUUGGUCAGAUGCAAAAGUUGUUAUGCAAGAUGGGAUGGCAAACUCUCACUGCAGCCAAUCGGUCGCAAUGAUUCAGAUAUGGACCACAACCAACUUUUGCAACCUAUUUGAGCAGGAUGGCA